GCGACAUACAUUGACAGCGCGAGCCGCAUUUGGACGCUAUGUUUUUUUUUUACGCUUAGCUUAGCAUAACAUGUAUUAGCUAUAGAGUGGACAGUGAAGUCUGUAGGGUUUUUCAGUUGGUGUAAUUUCAUGUAGAUAUUCGAUGCUAACUACAACGUGAGUAGGGCUUGUGGAAGAUCCCGCCCCUGCACACGAUUGGCUAGCAGUACCCCGCUAUUUUUGUUACGAUUGGCUGGUGGUUUUAAUGUCGCGCGCGAGCUGAGCGCUGAUUGGACAGAAUCUAUUCGCUUGAGGAUUUGUCGGAAAACGAGGGUUGAAAGAAAAAUAACGCCAGCUCCUGGGUUUAAGAACAAUCGUUCUGAUCACUUCAGCUUACAGGAAGUGAAGCUGGCCGACAUGGACGAGCAGAGCGUCGAGAGUAUAGCGGAGGUGUUUCGCUGCUUCAUUUGUAUGGAGAAGCUGCGGGAUGCUCGUCUCUGCCCCCACUGCUCCAAACUCUGCUGCUUCAGCUGUAUACGGCGCUGGCUGACGGAGCAGAGGGCACAGUGUCCACACUGCCGGGCUCCGUUACAGCUGCGGGAGCUGGUGAACUGUCGCUGGGCCGAGGAGGUCACGCAGCAGCUGGACACACUGCAACUCUGUAAUCUCUCCAAACACGAGGAGAACGACAAAGACAAAUGUGAAAACCACCAUGAGAAGCUGAGUGUGUUCUGCUGGACUUGUAAGAAAUGCAUCUGUCAUCAGUGUGCACUGUGGGGAGGCAUGCACGGAGGACACACGUUUAAGCCACUUGCUGAGAUUUACGAGCAGCACGUCAACAAGGUCAACGAGGAGGUGGCUAAACUCAGACGCCGGCUCAUGGAGCUCAUCAGCCUGGUCCAGGAAGUGGAGAAGAAUGUGGAGGCGGUGCGAGGGGCGAAGGACGAGCGAGUGCGAGAGAUCAGGAACGCUGUUGAGAUGAUGAUUGCACGGUUGGACAAUCAGCUCAAGAACAAACUCAUCACACUCAUGGGCCAGAAGACGUCCCUCACGCAGGAGACGGAGCUGCUCGAGUCUCUGCUGCAGGAAGUGGAGCAUCAGCUGCGCUCAUGCAGUAAGAGUGAGCUGAUAUUGAAGAGCCCGGAGAUUCUGCUCAUGUUCCAGCAGGUCCACCGGAAGCCCAUGCAGUCCUUCGUCACCACACCUGUACCACCUGACUUCACCAGUGAGCUGGUCCCUGCUUACGACUCGAGCACUUUUGUUCUGGCAAACUUCAGUACACUGAGACAGAGAGCGGACCCCGUGUACAGCCCUCCUCUCCAGGUAUCGGGACUGUGCUGGAGGCUGAAGGUUUACCCUGACGGGAACGGCGUCGUGCGGGGAAAUUACCUGUCCGUUUUCCUGGAGCUGUCGGCCGGCCUGCCCGAGACCUCCAAGUAUGAGUACCGCGUUGAGAUGGUGCACCAGGCUUCCAACGACCCGACCAAGAACAUCAUCCGAGAGUUCGCGUCGGACUUUGAGGUGGGCGAGUGUUGGGGCUACAACCGCUUCUUCAGACUGGAUCUGCUCGCUAGCGAGGGUUACCUCAACAUGCAGACCGACACCCUCAUCCUGAGGUAUCAGGUGCGGUCUCCCACCUUCUUCCAGAAGUGCCGUGAUCAGUACUGGUACAUCAGCCAGCUGGAGGCGGCGCAGUCCAGCUACAUCCAAGAUAUCAACACUCUGAAGGAGAGGAUGGACAUUCAGCAUUACCGGCGGCAGAAUUCUCGCAGCUCGUCCCCUCCGGAUCACCGCAUGUGCCCUCCCACGUCCACCACCGGCGCCGCUGCCCCGUCGGGCCGAGACUCCCGCCCCGGGAAGAUCGCUACAAUGGAGGAUGGGUUGCUGGUGAACGGAGACCAGACGAAAGAGGAGGAGGAAGAGGAGGAAGAGGAAAAGACUCAGCAUGAGGACUCGAACGAGCUGUCUGACGGUGACCUGGAGGUGGACUGUCUGACCGGAGACGAGGACGUGAACCCUCUGGACGGCAGCAGCACGUCCGGCAGCUCCACGGCCACCAGCAACACGGAGGAGAACGACAUCGACGAGGAGAACAUGUCCGGAGAGAAUGACGUGGAGUACAGCGGAAACUUGGACCUGGAGGAAGGAGAAAUUCCUGAUGAUGUUAUUGGAGCCACAGGUGAUCACCUCUAUAUUCCUCAGCACAGUUUGGCAUCAAUCUGGAACUCAGGAAGGGGGUGGGGCCUAAAGUCUGAAGGAGGCUCCAGCGCAGGAAUCCGGGGUUCGAGGAGGAGCGCAGCAGGAGCCACGGCCAGUCUGCUGGAGAUCGACCCGGUCAUCCUGAUCCAGCUCCUGGACCUGAAAGAGCACAGCCAUGUGGAGUCUCUGUGGGGAAUCCAGCCCCGGCCGCCCGCCUCGCUGAUCCCCAGCCAAGCGGCCUUGGUUUCGGCCCGUAAAGAGCGAGAGCGUCGUUCUCAGGCUGUGCGCCGCUCUGCCCCGGACUCGGCCGUCCUGACCCGACUCAAGGCCCAGAUGGCAGAGGUUCGCAGCAAGAUGGCAGAUGUGAAGGGGCAGCUGGAGGCCCGUGCCGGCGUCUCUGAUGCUCGUGUCACUCCUCUGUGCUCGGUUCUGGAUCACAAUGCCUCAACCGACCCGGAAACGGCAGCAAGACGCAAACCACGAGAACUGGACCUGCUGUUUAAAGCUCCCGGGACGAACAGACACGGCCGGCACGGUGGCAAGAAAGCUGUCUCUCCCAAGCAGGAAGUGGGAGGAGCGGUGGGAGGAGUCUCUCUGCGCCGGCGUGGUGAUGCUGUUGAGAAAGAGCUGAGAGGAGCAGCAGGAGACGCUCUCGAACCAUCAUUGUGCCCUAGAGAGGGCCCCUCCACUGCAGAGAGUCAGUGUUCGGUGAAAGCUCAGAGUGCGCGCGCGUCCCCUCCGUCUGUCCCCAGUUCCUCUGAGAACCGGCCCAAACUGGACGAGUCUCUGUACGGAGCUGCGGGGAGCGACAUUUUCGACUUGCCCGUCCUGAGUACCGCGCCUCCUGCAGGCAGCAAACAGCGCAGGACCACCUGCAGCACUGCUGCGCUGCUGACCGAUACAUCGUUAGAUUUCGAGCAUGACUGCUCCGGAGACAUCCACCAAUCACUGCUGAGUCUCACAGAGCCGCCAUCUUCCUCCUCAUGCCCUGAAGAAGGGUUGCUGUGUCAGAAGCCGUCUACGCACCUGUUGCCAGGUAUGAGCAGUGACAGUGAGGUGGAGUGUGAUACAGAGUAUGAAAAUGAGGACGAGGCUGGAGUUCUGGAGGAUGGAGAAGUUCUCUCACUGCCCUGCUCAGAAGAGCAGCUAAUGCCGGAUGAUCUGAGCUUUGUGACUGGGGAUACCACUGAGAGGUGAUCAGCAGACUCCAGACCAAAGAGAGGGUGUGUCGUGUGUGUGUGUGUGUGUGUGUGUGUGGGCGUGUCGUGUAAAGUUACAUUUGCAUAAGGAUACAGUAUUUAGAAAUGGAAAACUUAUAUAUUACUGAGAUGUGCAUUCCGUUAUGUGACCAAGGCGUGCGUGUGUGUGCGCGCGUGUACGUGUGUGCGCGCGUGUUUUUUUCUUUCUUAUAGUUGUUUAGCUUGAGAAAGAAAGGUCAAUAUGAAUAUUUAAUUAAGGACUAUAAUACUGAUUCUAAACCACUGUAUGUUUUUUGCACGUUUAAACGACUGAAGUUUAUCAGAUGGCGUUUUAUUUUUUUCAAGAGGUAAAUUGAUACAUGAUAAAAGCUUAAAGGAGCAUUUUGGCCAAAAAAACCUAAAUGUACACCCUGUCCCAUUCCAAAUAUACUCUCCACCUACCAGACUUUAAGCCACGCCCCCUCGAUGAGUAUGUGAUUGUAAUUUGCUCUUUAUGUGUGUCAUACAGCGGGACGUUUAAUGUUAAAUUAAUUGAUCGUCUCAAACAUUUAAUCCAAGGCUGAAUUUGUUCCUGAGUGAUUUUUAAGGUCUGAGGAUUUUGGCACAAUCAGUAAAAGCUGCUGCACUUCUUCUUAUCAUCCCCUAUUUAUAUUUUUGAUUAUUUUCCAGUUAGAGAUGAAUUUUAAUGCCAGUUGGACAUUAUGAACACUACUCCCUGUGAUUAUUUCCUCUCAAGCGUGCUCUUAUUUCCUAAACUGGGAGAUGGGAAGUGUUUCUUUUGUGCACGGCGUCCUCCUCCAGCAGGGGGGGCUUUCCCAAGAGAGCAUGUUUUAAACACACAUACACACACCGGGUACGUGCUGAUGCUGUUACCCUGUUAUCAUUUGUAAGCCAUGUUUAAGACCUUAAAUACCCCUCACCGGUGUCUCAUCUGAGAUUCACCUUCGUCACUUGGAGGCAGAUGUUUAUCUGACUCUCUACACAUUUCUUUAAGAAGGUGCUUGUCUUUUAAAAAAAAAAAAAAACGUUCACAAUGACAAUAUUAUGUGUAAAAUAUCAUGGUGUAUCGUAUUACCAAUUAUCAGCACGUAUCUGGUUCCACAGUUCACGCUCUCACAUUCGGUUCAUUUUUUAUUUUAGGUCUUUUUUUUUUUCGUUUCAUUUUGGUUGUCUGUACACUGCAAUAUUUUCUUUCUAUGUCCUAAUAAAUACUUUAUGUAAAAGGUU